GUUGGAUUCUGUUCCUAUCGCCAAAUGAUCCGUUGGGUUCGUGUCAGGGGUCUCGCCUCUCAGUAUAAAAUCUUGCCCAAAGACUCUGUUUUGCUACUUCUCGUUCGAUAUCAACCUCUCACUGCUUACUACCUCUUUCACCGUGGUUGGAAUGGACAUCGUACACGCUUCGAACACCGCUUUGGUUCAAAACCAGCCUUUGGUUGCUGUCUUCUUUGGUGGUACCUCAGGCAUUGGUCACUACACUCUGCGUGCCUUAGCGACAGCUGAAUCCAAGGGUGGCAAAGGGUUUCGAGCUUACAUUGUCGGCAGAAAUGCCAAAGCAGCUGAAGAGAUCAUCGAAGAAUGUCGUGACAUCUGCCCGCAGGGCCACAUGAAAUUUGUCCAGACAGACGAUAUCUCCUUAAUCCAAGAAGUCGAUCGAACCUGCGCCGAGAUCAUCCAGCUGGAGGAGAAAGCGAACCAGAACCCGCGAAUCGAUUACAUGAUGCUGUCGCAGGGAGGGUCUAUCUUUCUCCCACGAAAAGACACCAAAGAAGGGAUCGAUGUGACGAUGUCAUUGAUGUAUUAUUCUCGCAUGAGAGCCAUCAUGAAGCUGCUCCCUCUGCUCCUCAAGUCUCCUCUUCCCGCAAAAGUUGUCUCAGUAUAUGCGGCGGGAUUUGAGGGCAAGCUCUUUCCAGACGACCUCUCACUUCGUGAUUUGAAACAUUACAGCUACUCACAAGCUCGGUCACAUAUGAUAUACAUGCACACGUUGUUCAUGGAAACCCUGGCUGAGCAGCAUCAAGGAAAUCUCAGUCUGAUACACAUAUUCCCUGGUCUCGUGCUGGGACCCGGGUUUGAUAGGCCGGAUCUGCCUGCUUGGUUCAGGGUGUUGUGGCGUUGGGUUUUUGUCCCCUUCUUAGCGCCACUGGUCACAGUGCCACCGACCGAGUGCGGUAACAGGAUGUUGAGUCUUGCAUCACCACGCUAUCCACCACGAGCAGUUGAGUCUUCUGGGACCCAGCAGGAGGCUGCUGUGGGGACAGAUGGUAAGCAGGGGAGUGGUGUCUACUCUCUUAGUCGGAAAGGUGAGACCAAUUACAACAAAAAGGCUUACCGGAAGAUUGAUAAGGAUGAAAUGCGACAGAAGGUUUGGGAUCAUACUGUGAAAGCUUUCGAAGUUAUCGAGGCAGGGAAAGUUUUCACGGAUUGAGUUGUCCAGGCUAUUGGCUUUAGAGGCUGCGCAUGGCUGAGUGUUUUAAGAACGUUUUUUGUGAUCUCCACUACAAGUCAUGUACUUCUUGUCGUACAUUGAAGGAUCGAAUAAAAUUAUCUAUCUAGUGCAUUUGCCAAUGUUCCAACAUACUAUAGCACAGCUCUAGAAACAGAUAAG